AUGGAUGCAGCAGGGCCGAUAUGGUUCUUUUCCGCUAGUCCGCUCGGUUGCUCGCAAACCUCCCGUCAAGCGUUGAUCGGUCGUCUUGAUAUGUGAUCAGUCAGGUCAUUUUGGCUGCCCGGGGUAGGGAUCGGUGCGGAUGCUCCGCUAGCCCGCUAAGCUUCCACCGCCUGCAUGCACGCUACGCCUUGCACAGCACUCAGAAAUUCAUAUCCACGAUUCAGACACCAGGGCAAAAGAUCGUUGACAUCAUUGGAGUCAAGGGAUCCGGGCUCUUGGCAGAUUUUUAUUGCGAUGCUCCGCCACGAUCUUGCAGAUACUCAGCUCCGGAUAUCUUCGUCCAGAUAAAUACACCACCAUGGCGCACUAUCUGGAGCCGCAACCAAUUCGUCUUCACGGGUAUACCUGACUGCGAUGAUGGGUGUCAGUGCCUUAGGCAAAUUGUGCCUCUUUGCGAGUGCAUUUUUAUCAUCGAUUUACAGUGCAUCCGCGGUGGCUUUGCCGCGGGAUCAGUCUAGUGAGACUGUCAAUGACUGGGAGUCUAUAACUCCCUCAACUGACCUUCACUGGAUCCCUUGCUUCCAGAACUAUACGUGUACGCGACUUCAAGUUCCUCUCGACUAUGGCGACCCCGGCCGCGGAACCACCGCCAUCGCCUUCAUCAAACUCGCCGCAAAGAAAGUAACCAAGAACACGCGCAAUGUGCUUAUCAACCCUGGCGGACCCGGAGGCUCUGGUGUUGACAUCCUCUUGGCCAAUGCCAUCCCCUUCGCCGACCUCAUCCAAGCGGAGCAUAACGUCGUCGGUUUCGAUCCUCGAGGAGUAAGCCACAGCGGACCGGAGAUCGACUGCUGGCCCGGCCACCCAGAGAAUCGCGCCCAGUUCGAGAAACUAUUCUACUCGGAGACUUCGUACGCCUCGUCAACCUCGCUGAGCAACCAAUUCGCCGCCGCAGACUUUUUCGGUAAAGCGUGCACCUCCACCGUUGGUGGAAAGAACGGCAGCGCCGCCUAUAUCUCUGCUUCCGCGGUCGCUCGGGAUUUGCUUUCCUUCGUCAAAGCCGAGCAGCGAGCAGCAGGAAAGCCCGAAAAAGACGCGAAGCUCUCCUACUACGGAAUCAGCUACGGAACACUCCUAGGCACGACUUUUGCACAUCUAUUCCCAGACCACGUGGGGCCGAUGAUCCUCGACGGCGUCCUCGACACCGAAGAUAUCUACGGGCUCGGCUGGAAAACCAACCUCUACGACGCUGACAAGGCUAUUGAGUCCUUCUACAACUUCUGCCACAAAGGCGGGCCUAAGAACUGCGCAUUCUGGGGUCCCAAUGUGAACAACAUCCGUACGCGUAUGCACAAACUCCUCGAGAACCUGAAAUACAACCCAAUCCCCGUCUCAAACUCCCCAUCUUGCUCGCUUCCUCUCCUCGCAACAUACUCCGGCGUAAAGGAGAUGGCGUGGCAAGCGGUCUUUCAACCCCUAGGCGCAUUCCCAAUUCUUGCUGCCGCUCUGGCCGGUCUUGAGAAGGGAGAUGCAACGGCGUAUGUAGCCGCUGCAACUGGUGGUUUGCUCCCAGCGAACCCGUGCAACAAUGGGACGCAGGGUUCGACGCAGGACAUUGGGGUGGUGAUCAAAUGUGUUGAUGGGUAUCCGAACAAUCCGUUGAGCACUAUCGAUGAAUACAAGGAUUACGUCAAAUCCCAGAAUGCGCAAAGUAAGUUCUUCGGCGAAGUCUGGCCGAAUAAUGCCAAUGGCGUUCUUUGUCGGUCCUUCGAGGUGGAGCCGCCGAAGAGUGGAAGGUUACAUGGAUCUAUCCUCGAAGAAAGGAAGACAGCAACACCGAUAUUGUUCGUUAGCGCGGAAAUUGAUCCCGUUACGCCGAAGCGAGGCGCCUACAAAAUGUCCUCCGUCUUCCGUGACUCUCGAGUUCUGAUCCAAGACUCCGUUGGCCACACCGCGCUCUCCGCUGCAUCAAGCUGUCUCGUUCAGCGCGCACAGGAGUAUUACUCGCACGGACAUCUCCCGGCGAAGGGGACGGUCUGUAAGCCGGAUGCCGUCCCCUUUCAAUCUGUGGGAUCGGCGUCAGCAUAGAUUUGACUUGGUUGGUUUGUUGGUUGGUUUGUUGGGCUGGGGGGUAUACUGAUGGGUGGGCUAUGGGUUUGAUUGUUGGAUAGACUUGGGUCGGCUGAGGCUUCUAUAAUUCACUUUCCAAUGCGACAUAAUCCUGGCUUGACUUUAUUGUGCCGUGGACAGAAGAAGAAGUAGAUUAUUCUAAUAGUCAGUUAAUUCAUAUUCAUCCAGU